CCAGCCUUCAAAUUUUGGCGGGUUUUGUGAUUUUGAAGAAGAGCAUCAUACACCAUUACAAGGGAAAAGUUCAUUUACUCCUUUUCCCCUUUAAACUUUGAAAAUGCAGAGAAAUGCUCGAAUGAAGCGUGAACUACGACUGUUAGCAGAAGACCCGCCUCAUGGGGCGUCUUGCUGGCCGGUAGAUGAAAAUCGAAUCGACAAACUCGAAGCGAAGCUUAUAGGUGCAGAGGGAACACCAUAUCACAAAGGCAUCUUCAAACUGGAUAUUCAAAUACCAGAAAGGUACCCUUUUGAACCACCCAAGGUGCGAUUUGUGACUCCCAUCUACCACCCCAAUAUCGACAGCAGUGGAAGGAUAUGCCUUGACACUCUGAAAAUGCCUCCAAAGGGUAUGUGGAAGCCUGCCCUGAAUAUCUCAUCUGUUCUAUCAACAAUUCUCAUACUAAUGGCUGAACCUAACCCAGAUGACCCCCUUAUGGCUGAAAUUUCAAAUGAGUUCAAGUACAAUAAAGCACAGUUUCUGGAGAAAGCUAAAGAGUGGACUCUGAAGUUUGCCAUGGAUCCAUCUCUUGAAAAUAAAUCAGAGUGUGCUAAUGAAACAACUGAGACAUCCAAUCAAGAGGAGGAAUCAUCCGGAAGUGAAAGUGAGUCAGAAAGCUCGGAUGAUGAGAAUACAGCUUCAGUUGUUAUAAAUGGACACAAAGGGCUAAAAAGGCAGUCAACAGAGGACGGUUUGUCAUCAGUAUUUGAGCAGACCAACAAAGUACCAAGAGACAGUACAUGAAAUGCAAGAGAUUUUUGUGCAACUAAGGUAGUCAAACAUAGUACAGUAUCGUUAGAUGAAAAAAUAUACCAAUGGUACAGUAGAUCAACAAAGUAAGCAAAUAAGUACACACCUAGAAUACCAUGGCAGACAAGAACUAGGUAAAUUCAAUGUAUCAAGACACAAUACUGUACAUCACAAGCAAGAUAUAACUGCAUAAAGAAGGUACUUAAGCAUACAAUACAGUACCAAUACAGGUAAAAUUUAUAGUAUAUGUGUCAGAAAAUGAACAAGAGUAUAUAGUACAAUAAAGUACCAAAAGACUUUUUCGUAGUAGAAGAGGGUCAGGAACAAAGGUGAUGUAUGACUCUUAUUUAUCAAAAAUAAGUACUUAUGAAUAAAUGUACGAGUAUAUAUUAUUUACUUAAAUUUCUAAUCGAAGUAAUUAAGAAACUCCUAUUCUCUUUACCAAUAGACUGUUUUCACAAUGUUGCGUGUGCGUCUAAAAUGUCACAGACUGGCGGGCAACAGGUAAUCCAAUAUACAGACAAAGGGGGAUUUGACUCUGGCUCUAAUUUGACUAUAGCACUCUGGCAGCAAUUUCAAUAGCUUCGCCUGUAAACUCCACUUCGAACUCCAUUUUAGAUCAGCUGUGGCCCCCAAGUCUGUAGCAUUUUAGAUGCGUGCACGACAUCAUGAAAACGAUCUAUACACAUACUGUACAUAAAGUGUCUAUGUGGCCAUGGAAAUAUGUGAAAAUAUGUGUGCUACACAAUCGAUCCAUAAAAUCGAUGCAUAACUCAACAUAAUACAAAA